UAUAGACUUAAACUUCUACAAACUGUGAGAUAAAAUAAACCUUCCUUCCUUUAAAUUGUAGAUAUCAGGUAUUGUGUCCAGGGACAAAAAAGUAAGAUUUUCAUCUACAGACCACAUCACCACAUCUGCUUCUCUUAGGAAACAGAAGGGCUUUGUGAUGAAGUUUCGUGGUCUGGUUCUGUCUUCUGUGAGGUGGACAUGACAAGGCCUGGCACGUGGCAUCAUUGGUCACUGGAACUCUGAAUGCCUACAUGUAGGGAUGGCUGGUCUCCUCAUGCUAAUGAGGUUUAGACCAUGAUGAUCCCUACCUUUGUUCUGCGGGAUAUCUUGUACCUCUUAUAUACCUAUGGAUCUAUCUUUAUUAUUUUCCUAAUUAUUUGGCAAGUGAGCUGGAAUUACCAUGGAUUGAGAUUUGAAUAUAAGAGGAGCUGCUGCCAGCGUCACCAAAAAAUCAGGCAAAGGGCUAGAAAUGCGGCAUCAAAAGCCAGGAGACUUUACCAAGAAGAAUCUGAGAAGCCGCGGGAGCUGAUCUCUGUCAUGAAAAGCCAGCACUGGCUUCCCCAGCAGGAAAGUGUGAGGCAGCUCCUGUGUGCGGACUCCUCCUGCCCAACCUGCAAUGCAGCGGCUCUGGAGAUUCAGCAGUUGCUGGAGGAUGAGAAUAACCAGAUCUGCCCCGCUUUAUCAGGGCCACCCCAAGUUCCUCAGGUGGAGCUGUUCUCCAUGUCAACUGUGUGUUUGGGGCAGAAUCUGGAGCUUUGUUCUCAGCAUCCUGGAGAAAUUGCACUGGCAUCUGUACCCCCAACACUGGCACAACUGACAGAACACUUCAUGCAAUCUACCAAUGCAAUUAGCCUCCAAGAGUACUGGGCUGAUCAUGUCCAACAAAGACAAAGAUUUCAACUGGAAGAUGCACCUAUGGGCCCACAGACUAUCACUUCAUUGACGGUGGAGGAGCCUGUGGUUCCAGUGAAUGAACAAGAAAUGGGCAACCUUCACUCUGUCCAGGGGAAUCAGGACCAGCAGCCUGUGGACUCUCAGCAGAUCUCUUUUAUAUACGUGGAGCCAGAGAUCACUAACUUGACAAAUCCAGAGGCCUUCCAUAUGGUACCACAGGUCCACUUCCCAUUCCUCAGUCCUGAAGUGCUGAGACUUCUUGAGGUACACAUGAAAAAAUGGAUGCAUUUCCAGAGAUGGGGGCUUCCCAGGCGUGUGGAGGACUCCCUGAGGCAGUUUAUGCCACACACACCAAUGUAUUGUGUCUCGAAUAAUAAUCCUCAGGUCUAUGUUCAUGGAUUUGACCACAGUGCCCACCAAACUUGGUGUUCAUAUAUGGUUGGGGAACCCACCCAGGCCUUCUGGGUUUCUGAAUGGCCUGAUAUGGACCUGGAACAAAGACACCACCAGGAAAGAUUAAAUGCUAUGGGUCUAUCCAUACCCUCUCCUUCCUCAGAAGUCCUGAAUGGUUUCUAUUCACUGCCUGCGAGACAGGCUAAAGACUCAAGGAACGACCUGCAUCAGGAAGACAGGCAGCUGUUCUGUGGCCUCCCCUCUCUCCACAGUGAGUCCCUGGCUGCCACUUUCUUGACCUCUGAAGGCCUCUCCAAGAGCAAGAACAUGUUCAAGCCCCCGUUGAAGGAGUCCCUUCUAUUCAAGGAGCUCUAUUUCCACCCUUUGCUGCCCAAAACACCACCUGAGAUAAAUUCGCCCUUUGCUACACCUUCUCCAAAUUCUGUGUCUCCAGCUGAACAUCAACAAGCUCACAUCAGUGUCCCGUUUCUGACGCCAGCUGAAUGUGAAACCCUGGAGUGGCACCUGCUGCAGAGGCAGUUCCAGCCUCAGUGGGGCCUGCCAGCUGUCACCCAGAGGUCUCGCCAUGCCCACAGUUCUGUGCGGUCUGAGCCAUGUGACAAAGCCCAGGCUCCCAAGCCUAUGAACAUGUCCUGGCCAGGGAAACCGGUCUCAGUCCUCACCAGGAAACUGCACUUCUUCCCGGAGCAUACCCGCAGGCUGCUGGAGUUUCACUUCCAGAAGCAGCUGAUUCACCUCCGCUGGGGCCUGCCUGAGAAGAUCCAGCAGUCCUUCCAGCUGCUCCUGUCCUCUGCUGACCAGAAGACCCUGUCCCGUAGCAGCCCAACCCUACCCAACAUGAGUGUCCCCCAACCUACGGGCAAGGGGGAUGGUGACCCAUUCUCACCUCUACUGGCCCAAGUGUCCAUCCCCAUGCCACACUUGUUUUCCCAGGCCAAGGCAAAACUUCAGAACCACAUUGACUCCAAAUGUGGGCAGAUCCACCAGGGCAAUGUCCCUUGCCGUGUGUAUAGCUCCUGGGAAGGCAUAGUUCCUGGGGUCCUAGCAGUGGCUCCCUUCCCCUGCACUCCACAAGGUCAGCCCCUGGCGCUGCAGGCAGCGAGUGACCCUGACCUCCAUGACGAACUUAUGCCCAGGAUGCCAACAGCCCUUCAUCAGCAAAAACAGGCCUCACCAGACACUGGCACUGAACAUCCUAAGCUGCACCAAACCCUGUCUCAAGGAGCCAUUGAGAAACUGGAGAUGACUUUACGGCACAAGUAUCUCGCCUUCCUGUCAGGACUGCCUGCUCUUUACUCUGUAGCUCUCUCUGGAGCUAUGGCUCCAGCAAUCACUAGCUGCUCUGUAGCCGCAGUGAUGGAGCCAGGGCCUGUGGAAACCCCAAAGGAGCCUCUGACUCAAAAGAUCUCACUGGAAGACCCAAGUGGGAGGCUCGGGCCAUGCUCUCAAAAUGGCAAGACUUGGGCAGACAGUGCAGAAGAUUUCCAGCCUGAGGUGCAGGUGAAAGGAAGAACACAGUCAGUGCCUCUGGAGAGCCAGACACGUCCUGGUGUCCCCUACUCAUUCAAAACACGUACCUCUAACAAGCUAAACUUCCACCUGAGAAAAAAGGCCCUGGAGAUAAAGUUGGGACUUUCCAUAAGGGCAGUGGAGGCCAGGAAACUAACUAAAGCCAGGCCAGAGAACAAGUUCUCCCAGGCAUCUCUCAGUAGUCUGAACAACCGUGGAAGCACAGUGCUCCAGCAGCCGCUCAUCUUGCCAGACUCUUCUCCUGCUCCAGACUCACAGCAGGCCCACCUUAGAGACCACCUGGCCCCUCAGCCGAAGGCUGUGCAGCACAACCCACAGUCCUCUAGACCCAAAUCAGCGUCCCCUGCUUCUACCAACUGGCCCUCCAAGAUCUCACAGCCUGUUGGGGAUAUGACUGAGGCCCAGGUGCUUUGUGUUCAGGUGGAGGCCAGUGUAAACCACCCCAGCCUGGAGGAAUCCUGGAGCCCUGAGCCUCAAAACCCAGGCAAGGGCUCAGCCCAGAUCCCCAUACUGGCUGAAAAGAGGGAGGAUGUAGGGAAACCUCAAGAAUCAGUUGACCUCGGAGAAGGGGAUGCAGGGCAUGGGCUGUCUUUGACCAGUGCAGAAAGACACUCUGAUGAUGCUGAUGAAGAUCAGAAGCCAGAAGAGAUGCUUUUGGAGACAGAACUCCAAGGCUCCUCGCAACAGACCCAUAGGUGUCAUCUUGUGGAUCCCCAGCAAAGCAGUUCCCAAGAUCACCCUGAAUGUCAGCUCCCAGAGCCACACACAGAGGUCCCUGGGGGGAAAGAACCUGAGCAUGACAUGCAGGACCAUCAGAGCAAGUUAAAUGUCCUCCUCAAACCUGCAAAGAUCCCUGAGAACUUCCAUCCUGCAGUGGCCCGGAUCUCACAGGGCCAGCCAACUCAGCAUAAGGGCCAAAUUUUGAAAGGUCAGGUUUUUCAGAGGCAGGUGAUGCCAGCCCAUUCUUCCAAGAGGCCCAGCCUUCCAGAGUCUGGCCUGAUAAAUAAGAUGAAAUCUUUUCUGUUCUUCCUUGGUACUCUCCACAACCAACACAAAAAUACCAUGACCAAAGGCAGAGAGCACGGGAACUCUAUCUUCUAUACACCUGGUAAGGUGGCCAAAACCAAAAAAGAAUAUAUGGAAAAGAGCCUGGUUCAAGCCAAAAGUCCCAUGGAAAAAACUAAGCGUGACACACUGAUGAGGCACCCCAAGAGCCAGUCAUUCCCCAUACAGCGGAGAGUGGGCCCGGACUCAGAUGUUUUCCAUGCCCCACGCAAUAAGCUUCCGCUACGCUCCCAACUCCGUGGAUCUGCCUCCGUCCCAGGCCAUCUCCACCACUGUCCUCGAGUGGCUUGUUCCUCCCAAUGAGGGAACCCGCUUAGCCCCCAUACGUCACCUCAGAAACAUUGUCUUGCUCAAGGAGAACAAUUCAUGACUAUGAGAUUCUAGCCUUCCCGUUUCUGCAUUCCUUGAAGAUCAUUACUUACUAUAAUCUCUAUCAAUGAUCAGGUAUGGCAGAAUGCCAGCCGAAA